GCUCGUCCCGACAUCCUCUUGCAGGUGACAGAAGGAGCUAUAUGUACCCAAGCAACCGCUACUGGGCUUAUUUAUAGUCUGAUGGCUGGUUGUGAUUUGACACCUGGUUGGCCGUCUAGCCAAUCAGAAAAACCUCAACGGAAUCACCUCAUUUGCAUACUGGCCAUUUCCGUUAUCCAAUCAGAUAGUGGGUGGGCAUACUCAUUUGAAUGCCGCACCUAUAAAUACCACUCUUUCCAGUUUCAAACGGCCUUUGCUGACUUGGUUUUGCCUGAGUUUGAAACCUGGAUCAUUAAGAGUUGUAGAGCUGUGAACUUAGCAAUGCCGGAGUUAACUUCAAAGUUUGCCACACUUUCCAAGAAGGGGUUCAAGAAAGCUGUCAUUAAGACUCAGAAGAAGGAGGGAAAGAAGCGCAAGAAAUGCCGAAAAGAGAGUUAUUCUAUCUAUAUCUACAAGGUACUAAAGCAGGUUCAUCCAGACACGGGCAUCUCCUCAAAGGCUAUGAGCAUCAUGAAUUCCUUUGUUUCUGACAUAUUUGAACGUAUAUCGAGCGAGGCAUCGCGCUUGGCGCAUUACAACAAGCGCUCGACCAUCACGUCGCGGGAGAUCCAGACGGCCGUGCGCCUGCUGCUGCCCGGGGAGCUGGCCAAGCACGCCGUGUCCGAGGGCACCAAGGCCGUCACCAAGUACACCAGCUCCAAGUGAGGACAUCUAGCUGCCCUUGUCUCCAACCCAAAGGCUCUUUUAAGAGCCACCUAUGCUUUCUGAAGGAAGAACUGUGUGCUUAUUACCUGAUAAGCCAGACACAUCUUUAGUUCCAGCACCAAUGUGUUGACUAAACAUUUCCCCAGAGUUUAUAUACUCCCCAUUAGAAGAUUAACCCAGUGGUUUUCCAACAGCAUGGUCAUAGCACUAGAAAUGUUCAGGGUUGGGAAUGUAGCUCCUGUAGAGUGCUUGCCUAGAGCGUGAGAGGCCCUGCUUUGCAUCCUGAGUAUGGCUAAAAAAGUUUAUGUAGCUAAUUGUUCAAUUCUAAAAACAAAAAGGCAAGAUUUUCACACUUCAAUGCCAACCUGUUCCGAAAAUAACUGUAAGAGAUUGGGAGAAAUGUAUAGACGGUACCCUGAGUUUUUGUACCCUGAACCACUGGGAAAUUUUCCCACCUCCACACACCACAGCCAACAUAAAUAGGAAGGAAGAAAGUCCUAAUUCUCCCACAUGAGACUUCUCUAAUAUUUUUCCAAGUCUGUAGCUGUAGGCCCCUUUGGCUCAGUUACCUGAUAAAGGGUUUGAAUUGGUAAGAGAUGACCUAGAAAAGGUGAAGCGCUGCUCUCCAUGCCAUUUAUCAGUAGAAACAUCCACUCAGAGCUAGGGUUAUAAAUUUGAGAGCUCUCUCAAUGGCUUUGCUGGAGAUAAAUUUUCACUGAAAGUGUUAUAGUUUCUAAAUUCAUACACUCUGUAGAACCAGUGUAGCUAUCUGUUCUGCUUGCUUUAUAAUUGAAUGUAAAAGAAAAUGGCCUAAAAUAGAAUACAUUUGAUAGACCAUGAACUUGUUGCUCUUAAGCAACAAAGUUUGUGAU